UCAUUUUUAUGAUUAUAAUUAGGCCAAGCCCGUUAAGAUGGUGAUGAAGAAAAGGUAGGAUGGGUAAAAUGAGAUGAGAAAUAUGGUUGAGGAAGAGAUGGGGAAAACAGCGACAGCGAGAGGAGGUCGUCGAAGAAAAGGUGGUGGAACUGCAGUGAAGAAGAGUUGGAUGGUUGUAUCAGAAACAGGGGAAUCACACGUCGAGGAUGUUGAUAAACAUUAUAUCAUGCGUAGAACAGGUUUACCCGCGCGUGACCUUAGAGUUCUAGAUCCAGCCCUCUUCCACCCUUCUUCUAUUCUAGGACGUGACAAAGCCAUCGUUGUUAAUGUAGAAUGUGUUAAAGCUAUCAUCACUGCCAACCAAGUCUUCAUGAUUAAUUCCACCGAUCCUUUUUUUAUUCGCUUCCUUCAAGAUCUUCAGCAACGUGUUCCUCCUAACAACAAUCGAACACCGUCACGGACCAGCAAUGAGAUGGACGGUGAUUGUGAAGAGAAACCUCUACUACAAGAUGGUUCACCUUUGUUGCAGAGUGGUAUAGAUUCAAAUCCACCACCGGAAAUUUUCGACCAUGGUACACCGAUUAGCAACAUAGCUGUAACAACUGCUCCUAAGAAGUUACCUUUUGAGUUCAGAGCACUUGAAGCUUGUAUUGAAUCUGCUUGUUCUGUUCUUGAAUUUGAGACUCAGAGAUUGGAAGAAGAGACUUACCCUGCUUUGGAUGAAUUAACUUCUAAAAUUAGCAGUCUCAAUCUUGGUGUAAGGCACAUCAAGAAUCGUUUGGUUACACUUUCUGGUCGUGUGCAGAAGAUAGUAGAUCAAAUAGAACAUUUAUUGGAUGAUGAUAAUGACAUGGCUGAAAUGUACUUGACUCAAAAGCUUAAGGCUAGCGUAUCGGACUUAGCAUCAGUAACAGAAGAAUACAACUCAGAAGUUGAAGAUAUAGAUGAAAGUGAUGAUUCAAGAUCGGUUAGAGACAAGUCCUAUGGUAUUAAGCCGGAUGUUGAGGAAUUGGAGAUGCUUUUAGAAGCAUAUUUUGCACAGAUUAAUGGAAUCUUGCAAAAAUUGACCAGUUUGAGUGAGUAUGUAGAUGAUACAGAGGACUACAUUAACAUAAUGUUGGAUGAUAAGAGAAAUCAACUUCUACAAGUAUGAAUAACAUUGAACACAAUAAACAUGAUAGUCAAUGCGGGUAUUGUGGUUGUUGGAUUGUUUGGUAUGAAUAUUCACAUUGAUCUCUUCGAUGGCCAACCUCGUCAAUUUUGGGCCACAACUGCUGGCACACUCGUAUGUUGUGCAUUGUUAUUCCUUGUUUCUGUUUGGUGGGGUAAAAAAAGAUAUUUGCUCUCUCAAUAGAGGAGAAUCACAUGUAAAUCAUUUAGACUAUUAGUAGUAAUUCAUGUGUACAUCAUUAGAAGGAGAAACUUACUCCAUGAUUUGCUUUACCAUAGACCUUAUUUAGUAUUAAGGUUUAAUUGUUUUUGUCAUUUCUUUCAUCUACGUGUGAACUAUUACAAUUA